CUCAAACAUGUUACAAAUCCUUUUCUAUAAAACCGCACAAAUCCUUUAUCAUUUUUCAUAUCAGUUAUUACAAAAAAAAACAUGGCAAAAUCAAAUCCAAUUUCUCUAUGCUAUUUUUCUAUACCAUUUUUUGUUCUUAGUGUUUUUUUCUCUGCAUCGUUGGCAGCACCAACAGAAUCUUUGUACACCACUUUUCUUCACUGUCUCACACAAAACAACACAGAUCCAACAAUCUCCAACAUUGUUUUCUCUCAAACAAACACUUCAUUUUCCAUUGUUCUUAAAAACUACAUACGUAACGCACGUUUCAACACAACUUCAACGACAAAACCAUUACUCAUAGUAACUCCAAAACAACCCUCACAUGUUCAAUCCACUGUUAUAUGUGCCAAGCAAGUCAAUAUUCAAAUCAAAAUCAGAAGUGGUGGACAUGAUUAUGAGGGUAUUUCUUAUGUAAAUCAAUCACCCUUUAUCAUACUUGAUAUGUUUAAUCUUAGAACAAUCAAUGUUGAUAUAAAGAACGAAGUUGCUUACGUUCAAGGUGGUGCUACACUUGGUGAAGUUUAUUAUAGAAUUUAUGAGAAGAGUAAGGUUCAUGGUUUUCCUGCUGGUGUGUGUCCAACUGUCGGUGUUGGUGGUCAUUUCAGUGGUGGAGGGUAUGGUACAAUGUUGCGAAAAUAUGGUUUAUCUGUUGAUAAUAUUAUUGAUGCUGAAAUUGUUGAUGUUAAGGGUAGGCUUUUGAAUAGGAAAUCAAUGGGUGAAGAUCUUUUUUGGGCUAUACUAGGUGGUGGUGGUGCUAGUUUCGGUGUUGUUCUGUCUUAUACUGUUAAAUUAGUAGCGGUUCCUGAAACCGUUACUGUUUUUCGUAUUGAGAAAACUUUGGAACAGAAUGCUACUGAUCUUGUUGUUCAAUGGCAACAAGUUGCGCCGACAACGGAUAAUAGGCUUUUUAUGAGGCUUCUUUUGCAACCUAUAACUUCUAAGGUUGUUAAAGGAACAAAAACUAUUAGAGCUUCUGUUGUUGCUAUGUUCCUCGGCAGGGCCGAGGAACUAGUAGGGAUUUUAGGGAAACAGUUUCCACUUUUGGGAUUGAAGAAAACAGAUUGUAUUGAAUUGAGUUGGAUUAAUUCUGUUAUAUGGUAUAAUGAUGCUGAUGAUUUUAACAAAGGUGCGAAACCGGAGAGUCUUUUGGAUAGGAAUCUUAAUUCCGCGGCUUUCGGUAAGAGGAAAUCUGAUUAUGUUCAGAAAGCUAUUUCAAAAGAUGAUUUGGAAGGGAUAUGGAAAAAGAUGAUUGAGUUGGGAAAAGUUGGAUUUGUUUUCAACCCUUAUGGUGGAAAAAUGGCUGAGAUUCCGGCCGAUGCAACGCCAUUUCCUCACCGUGCCGGGAAUUUGUUCAAAAUUCAAUUCUCAGUGAAUUGGAAUGAUCCAGCACCUAAUGCAACAGUUGGUUUUUUGAAUCAAGCUAAGGUACUUUAUAGUUACAUGACACCUUAUGUGUCAAAGAAUCCUAGAAGUGCUUAUAUAAAUUAUAGAGACCUUGAUAUUGGGAUUAAUAGUUUUGGUAAGAAUAGUUAUGAAGAAGGUGAAGUUUAUGGCACUAAGUACUUUAAUAAUAAUUUUGAUAGGUUGGUUAAGAUUAAGACUGCUGUUGAUCCUGAUAACUUUUUCAGGAAUGAACAAAGUAUUCCUGUUCUUCCUGGAAAGGCUUAGAUUAGAGAAUCAUUAGUCUUUUUUUUUUUUUUUUUUACGAAAGAAUCAAUAAGUUGUAAGCCUUAUACUGCAUUAUUUAUGCUGUUAAUAACAACAAUUAUGUCCUAUAUCA